UCGUCUUCGGUUUCUCCGGCGGAGUGGAGCAUCCUCGCGCUGUCGCCAUGUCAACUCACGUUUCAAAACCAACCAGCAGCCGAUCAACCGCCCGAGCGAGUCACUCGGAGAUUGUUGGCUACGCUUCAGUUUGAAGAGGUAAGCCGGGUGUGGCCUUUCGUCUUCUCCUCCAUUCUUCCAAUGGAAGCAUUAAACGCUGCUUCGAAGUAAUCACUGCCGCUGACUUCCCGCCGGAGCCCAUUUCGCCGCCCGUCAGGGGAGAAAAUGCGGGGCAGGGAGGAGGAGGAAGUCGACGCGGCGUCUCGUUUGUGACGUCGUUUCGACACUAUUCGUGUCACGGCCUUUUCAGCCGAGCCAAAGUGACUCGGAGCAACUCUUGUACCCGCGGGUCAUCGUUCGAAUUCAUCGAGAAGCCGACGGUCAAGACCGUCACUUGGCUGUGACCGUUAACGUUACACCGGGUUGAGUCCCCGGAAUAGUUCACCCGCACGCCCCGGAGAGAGAGAUAUUGGGGGGCGGGGUCACACACACUCACGCGUUGUUUUAUCACUGCAGGUUUUUUUUUUUUUUUUAAUCUUCUUGACGAGUGGUCGGAGGAGGAGGAGGAGGAGGAGAAGAUGGCCAGGGCUGCAAGUAUUUUGAAGUUGGCCGUGGUCAUCCUCGUGUUCCUGCUGGUUGUCUUCAUGGCUUUCCAGCUGCUGGAGAUAAACAUGGACUUCCAGAUUGGCGGUGUGAUGUCAAGAUCUGUGCCGUUGAAUGAAGGCUCAGCAAAGCCAUUCCGGCACAAGUGUGGCCUGACCAAGUCGUGCCCGCCCGGAAACCUGCCCUUCCGGAUGACGAGCGGCGCGGCCAGCGUCGUGGGACCCAGAGUCUGCCUGAACGACAAAUUAAUAUUGAGCGCGGUGAAGAACAACGUGGGGAGAGGAAUCAACAUCGCCCUGGUCAACGGGAGAACAGGGGACGUUAUCAAGACGGAUUACUUUGACAUGUGGGGAGGAGAGGUGGCUCCCUUCAUCACCUUCCUGAAGGGCAUCGAGGACGGCACGGUGGUGAUGAUGGCCUCGUUCGACGAUCCGGCCACAAAACUCAACGACGAAGCCAAGAAGCUGAUCGCCGACCUGGGCAGCACCGCCAUCAACAACCUGGGCUUUCGCGACAACUGGGUCUUCGUGGGGGGGAAAGGCAUCAAGACCAAGAGUCCGUUCGAGCUGGGUAACGCCUACCAUAUAAAGAACAACGCAGAAACCAACAAGUUCGAGGGGUGGCCCGACGUGCUGGAGAUGGAGGGCUGCAUCCCUCAGAGGCAGGACUGACCCGAGCUCGGCUCCUCCCGGCGACCCCCGUCCCCCCCCUAUGCGAUGCCCGACGAGCGACUUAACACUCACGGCCCCGCCUCCUGAGAUUGCCGUUUACAUUUGCCCAACCGGAGCGGGAAACCUUCCAGGCGAGGGAAAGAAAGGGGAGCUUCUGUGAAACCGGAAAGGUGAAGCUCGGACCUGUCUGGGAGCAUCAAUGUAGGAGGAAGUGAAGCGGAUCACGCGGACCUCCGCUUGGUUGUCGGCGUGCCGGGACACUUUCUGUGUGACGCCCGCAGACUGUUACUGAUGCUGUUGCGUAAUUGCACUGUUACUCAUGGAAAUGGUUUUCAGGGCCCGCAGGGCCGUGUUUCCUUCUUCCUGUUUUCUGCCUUAAUCGCUUUGUUGAUUGGUCUUGGCUCCUUUCGGAGAGAAUUUUUACUGGGAAAAUAGUAAUUAACAGGGUUUGAAAUGCUUACGUUACAAUGUAAUCAAAUGUACCAAAUUCACUGUGAAAUGUGUAAAUAUCCAUUUAGAAAAUAAUCUAAAAGAUCUUAAAUUAAUGACCAUUUUAACUAUAAUAUAAAUUCUUUUAAUAAAUGAUAUUGGUAGCUAAAUGUGUGUGUGUGAGGGGAUUAUAUAUGUUUUUGUUAUAUUUAGCGGUGUGUGUGUAUGUGGUUUUCUGUUUGUCAAAUAAAGUUGAUGCCUCCGAUCACAUUAA